AUGUCACAUUUGGAGAUGCAAGCUAAAUGCAUGAAAAUAUUAAAUGAAGCGGGCCGUGUUGGAACCGAUGAGGAAGCAAUACAACAUGGAAAAAAUUUCUAUAAAUUGUUUUAUGUUUGGCCAUCAUCCGGAUUUACGGGGCAAAAAAUUUUACUUGCUCUUAGAAUAGUUAUUAAUACAUAUAACGAUCCGGAAACGUUCAAGGCAUACGCCCGUGAAAUGGUCAACCGCCAUAUCAGAUUCAAGAUGGAUCGUACAUUAUGGCUUGCAUUCUUCACGGUGUUGGUGAACAGCCUAAAGGAACAUACCAGAAUCGAUGAAGAAACAGAAAAAGCUUUCCUACAAAUCGGCAAAGAAUUUUCCGAUGAAUGUCUUAAGCAUACCAUUGCACUGAAUUUACCUAACUGA